AAUAAUAGCAGUAUUACUCCGAAAAAUCAUUCAGAUCAUGAAGGUUUCACUACUUGAUUCAAAUCAGUCCAAAAAUAAAGCAUCUAACAAAAUUAUUGCCAAUAUCAAGAGGAUUUCAAGGCUGUCGAAAGUUUCAAGAGCGUCUAAAAAAUCAAGGAGUUCCAAAGUGGAAAACUUUAAUUGAAGCUCAAGACUCUCAUAUAUCACCUUAGCCCAAGAAGAUGUCUUCAGACCUAAAGAUUUUAAAAUUGCCGAUAAAGUUGUGGCUAUCUUGAAGCAAAAGGCUUCAAAACUGUCAAAAACGAAUACAUCAGCUGAUCCUAAAAUCACAGCGAAACUAUCAGAAAAGAUGAAAUUACUAGGGAAGAUUAUUCAAAAUACUCUAAGAAUCAAAAAGUAUCUCAACAGGGAGAAGAACCAAAAACUUGAGCAAGAAAUCGAGAACCUAGUUCCGAAUGUCAAGAAGGAACUCAAGUUGUUCAAAAAGGACUUUGCCAAACAGAUCAAGGCUAUUCAUAAGCUCAAAUUUCAGGAUAAAGAAGAUAAUACUUUGGCACUCAAUAAGUUGACUCCUGAGUUAAAAGAGCUUAUUAAGAACUCAUUGUUAGAUAGGAAAUAUAAGAAAGGAAUGAAAAGAGGAACCUCCAGGGAAAGGAGAGAUAAAAGUUGACACCGCAAAACAGAACGAUAUUCUAUCAAUAUUUCAAGAUGUCCUGAAGAUGAAAAAUCUGAAGAGAAAGACCUAAAGAGCGAAGAUACCAAGCAAGUCAGACCUAAACUUAAAAUCCCGAACUUCCCUAAGGAAGAUCCAAAACCAAAGAGUAAAUAAUUUAAGAGACUCAGUGUUCACUCCAACAAAGAGAAAAAUCAAGAGUCCUGAAAUAAAAAUCAAAAAUAACAUUCCAAAUCUCAAACAAAAGAUGUUUUACCCAAAAUCCUCUCAGGCGGAACAGUCUCUUAUACGUGACAAUAGUAAAGAGAAAUUAAAGAAUAAGAGGAAAACCCGCAUAAGACUCUUCAGCAACCAAGACAAAAUAAAGAAGAGGAUCAGCAAGAUAAAGAAAGACCAAACCAUCAACCAGAUUACUAAAUAAUAUCGAGAAAUUGACCAAUGCUGUCAAGUAUAGCAAAGACAAAAGGAAGUCUAAGAUCAAAAAUAGAAGCAGUGUGCUUUCAAAUAGAAGAGUCAAUAGCCGAAAUAGGCCUUCUAAAGUAAUAACCCCACCCAUUGCUCCUGGUAAAGAACGUCCAUAUCUCCGUACUAUAAAAGAAAGAGUUAAGACUAAGAAAAUUUCUAGUGCUGAAAUUGAUUUCAGGACGAGACAUAAAAACUCGAUUAGAUGUCCUUUCAGAAAACAAAAUAAGAAGAAAUCGAUUAAUAUAGGAAAUAAUACAUUCCAAAAUAAUUGUAAUUUGCCGCAACUGAGAGCUCUUUCUCCUCAAGCAAAUGCUCCUCAAGUUGGCUUAAUAAACAAUGCUCCUAUUGUGAAAAACCCAAAGGAUACUAGGCUUUUCAGAGCAAGGAUUAGAGUAAAAUCCCCAGAGAUAAGAAUCAAGUCUCCUCACGAAAUGCGCAAGAAAUCAGGAUUUGCAGUCCCUAAAGUAUCAUUAGAAAAGCCAUCUCGAAAAACUAGAAACAAAUUCUCAACCUCAAGACCUCUUGCCAAGAUCAGAAAUGCAAAGCAUUGUAAUCAGAGACUCUCAAAACUAAACAAUCGGACAAUCCCUGCAAAAAAAUAA